CGGUGCGCGCCAGUGCAGCUUGUAGUUAGGCGUGUCGACGUCAUCGCUCCCUGCAUAACUACGGAGAUGCCACACAGUUUUUUUUAAACUCAAAUUUUAGGUUUUGAACCUCAGUGUUUUUCCAAAGGGUAAUUCUAUCUUUGGAAUCGAAACGGUGAGAUGAGUCCGAUGUUGUGGUGUUGUUGUCUGGCGGCUCUGAUGGUUGCCGUUGUGGCCCAGGAGGAGCCACCGUCAAACAGUUCUUCAGGGGAGGCACCAGCCGAAGGCGGUGGCGGUGGCGGUGGCGGUGGCGGUAAUCCAGACAACCCACCGCCUGCUGCUGGUGGUGAUGGAGCUGGAGCAGGUGGUGCUCCUGGAGGGGGCGGGCAUGACCCAACGCCGGAUCCACCCCCCGUUGAAGCUGCACCAACAAAAGCCCCGCUGGCAGCUGCAACAACUGGUAAGUGA